AUGAAUAAUAACGAGGAGGCAACACCGCAUGAGCAGAACAACAAGAUGGUCUCUCCGACCACCACGAGCCUCUCUCUUCCUGAUGACAUACUUAUAAGCUUCUUAAGCCGCGUUUCAAGACUCUACUACCCAACUUUCUCCCUCGUCUCCAAAAGCUUCCGCUCUCUCAUCGCUUCACCUGAACUUUAUCAGACCAGGUCUUUCCUCAACCGCACAGAGAGUUGUCUCUACGUGUGCUUACGAUCACUCAACGACUCUAAACUCCGUUGGUUCACUCUAUGUCGUGUACCAGAUCGUAAACUAACCAACUUCUCAGAAGGUAGAUGGGAGUCGAUGAUAGGAACGGAAAUGGAUAUGGGUCGGGCUUGGGUUUCUUAUUGUGUGGUGAAGAAUGUAUUGGUUUAUUAUCAUGAGAGGGAUAGCGAGUUUAAGUGCCGUGUUAAUUUGGCGGAUUAUGGUGGGAAAAUGGUUGUUUUGUGGGAUACUUUUGUGCCUGGAAGUGGUUCUAAGAACAAGAUGAUUUGGUGUGCAGAGGUUGGUCUUGAAAAUCAUGAGAUAUAUGAUGUUUGUGGUGAGAUUGAGUGGUUUGAUGUUGUUCUUAGAGUUUCUAAGUCAUAUGAGUUGGUGCAUGUUAUUGCUGCUACUGUUUGA